AUGCGACUCUUAUCCAUUCCUUCCCUUGAACAUUGGAUUGUACCAACUUUGAAUCGUAGAAAAGUUUGUUUGUCUUGCAUCGUUAAAGGUAUUAUGGAUAACAACGACAAGACUGCAAAGGAGAUCAACAUGGAUAGCUCAUCGAUGGCGUCUGUGCUUGCUGCUGUGGGGCGUAUGCGAGACGAGUUUGAAAAUGGUAGUUCUGCCUUAACGAACCAAGACACUGACAUGAGCCACAAGAGACAAAAGGUUGGUCAGGGGGCCAGUCUGCCCCCGCCUGUUUCAAGACGUCCCGACUUAACUACCAACCGGAAUGCCCAAGUUGGAACCAUACCUACAUCUACAUCUACAUCUACAUCUACAUCUACAUCUACAUCUACCUCCACGUCUACUGCAAGAAGCACAUUCUCCAAACGCACAAGCAGGACCAUCCUUGUGUCUCGCUCCCAAACAGGGAACCCCCUCUUGGAACACCUCACAUUCUAUGAGACUUCCCCACUCUUGAGAGACGUUGACUACCAGCUCUCCCCGUCCUGUGCCGUUCUUUUCCUCUCUACAAAGUACCACCAGCUCCAUCCAGAAUAUAUAUCAACUCGACUCCAGAAAGUGCGCCACGCGCGGUUCGAACCGGGGAACACUAUAAUUGUUUUGCUAUUAAUAGACACGGAAAAUUUCCAGGCACCAUUAGUUGAGCUGAACAAGUUUGCAAUACGAAACUCCCUGACGUUACUUGUGGCACAUUCAAACAUUGAAGGGGCUACGUAUCUGAACAAUUUAAGGGCAGUUGCGUCCUCAUCGACUACAGCCCGGGCGUCGGUGGGGAAACUCAUAGCGGGGAAAGAGGCCCAGACGGCAUUGGAGGGUGCCAUUGGGUCUUUGAAGAGCAUACGUGCAAUAAACACAAGAGAUUCGCAACGCCUGCUUGCCCAGUUUGGAUCGAUAAGAGACGUGGUUUUGCAUGCUGACGCUUCGGCAUUGGAAAACGUAGACGGGUUGGGCCCGCGUAAGGUGGACAGUCUAGUGGACGCCCUACGUGGAGAGUUUAUGCUGAAGGAGUAG